UUAUCCAAACAUAUUCUAAAAUGUUUUAAAAAUAUAAAGAAUCUUUGUUCUUUUCAUAGUAAUAAGAAAUAUUAAUUUAAACACAUGCAUCAUAACAAGUAUUGACACACACGUUAUGGGGACAAAGAGGAUUAAAUGAUCGUAUCAAACCAAAAGUCAAUUUCAAUGGAUACUAAAACUGACUGGCGGGCGGGGCUAACAGCGGCAGGAUGCUUAAAGUACAUUGGAGAAGCAAAACUUCUUACAGAUGUCAAGUUCAUCUUUCCAAACGACAACAACGAAUCCUGCACAGGACACAAGCUGAUACUCAGCAUGAGAAGCGCUGUUUUUGAAGCCAUGUUUUACGGUCCUUUGGCUACAGAGGAUGGGGAAGUUACAAUCAGCGAUAUUGAAAAGAGCACAUUCGAGAUGGUCUUAAGAUACGUGUACAGUAAUAAUCUUGAGGUGGAUGAAGAUACUGUUUUGAGAUGUCUGUAUGCAGCCAAAAAGUACUGCAUCGACGGGAUGUUAAAGCUGUGCUCAGAUUUCUUAGAAUCGUCUGUAGCCAUUGAUAAUGUUUGUUCAAAUUUUGAGCGCGCACAAUUCUACGAACUACAUGGCCUUCUUGAAAAAUGCAAAACAUUUAUGACGAAUAACGCCGUAGAUAUUCUGAACGAUGCAGACUUCUUCAGUCUUACGAAUCAAAGCUUAACAGAGUUCCUUGCAAAUGGACAGCUCAACCCAAACGAGGCACUGUAUUUUGAUGCCGCUAACCGUUGGUCCGAGAAUGAAUGCUUAAAAAGGGAUUUGGAGAUUACUGCUGAAAACAAGCAAACACUACUUGGUCCUGCUCUAAAGGAAAUCAAAUUCGGACUCUUUACACCUCUAGAAUUUGCAGAGCAUGUUCCUGAAACUGGACUUUUAAAUAAAGAUGAUCAAUCGGAUAUCUACAGGUGGAUAAUAACAAAAAAACAUUUUGGGUCCCAAGUAUAUGACAAGUUUAAAUCAUUGCCGCGUCAAUCACAGACAUUGCCGAUAGCAUUGGAAACAUCCAAUUCUAAGGAGGGAAAAACGUUGCCAAAUGAAUCUCGGUUUACGAUAGAAAGCAAUGAGCCCAUAAGGAUAACAUCGAUAGUUAUGAAAACAUGGAGUUACCAAUUGUCAUCAGUUACGGUGAUCGAAUCUGAAGAGGAAGAACGGCCCAUGCCCCUCUCAAACAUCUUACGAGUUGCAAAUACAUACGCUUUCAAAGAAGAUGUUCACGUAAAGGCAAACACAACCGUCACAUUCAAGUUCAAAUUUCACAUGAAGAAGAUACAGACACCUUAUGCUGUACAAACAUCUAGGUUUGAAAAUGUGAAUCACAAACAUUAUCAUCCCAUGGAAUCCGAGCAUGUCUUUGGUGGGCUAGUAGUGAAUUGCACGGAGUUUUCAGAAUAUAUGCCAACGAUAAACGUAGAGUGUUGUUGAUAGUUUUACUGCAAAGAUAUUUCGUAUAGAUUUAUCAUGAAGAUAAACGUGUUUGUUGUUAUUUUAAAGGAAAUUCAGACAACGCUUUAACCUUACGAUGAAGAAAUGAGACUGCAUACUUAAAGUGUGUCAUAAUAAUGCGUGAUCAAAAUGUGUAUAUUAAAAUGUAUAACAAUUAAAACAUAGAAAGUGAA